GCUAGGUGGAAGCACCGCAGGGACAGCUUUCCGGACUGUGCGGCUGCCGCCAUGCCUGAUUCGCCGCUACAGGUGGCGGUGGUGUGCUUCAGCAACCAGAACCGGAGCAUGGAGGCGCAUGCCAUCCUCAGCAAACGAGGAUUCAAGGUCCGGUCCUUUGGAACAGGAACUCACGUGAAGCUUCCAGGACCAGCACCCGACAAGCCAAAUGUUUACGAUUUCAAAACUACAUAUGAUGAGAUGUACAAUGAUCUUGUUAGGAAAGACAAAGAACUCUAUACACAAAAUGGCAUUUUACAUAUGUUGGAUAGAAAUAAGAGAAUCAAGCCCCGGCCAGAGAGGUUCCAGAACUGCAAAGAUCUGUUUGAUCUUAUCCUCACUUGUGAAGAGCGAGUCUAUGACCAAGUGGUGGAAGAUCUGAAUUCCAGAGAACAGGAGACCUGCCAGCCUGUGCAUGUGGUCAAUGUGGACAUCCAGGACAACCAGGAAGAGGCCACGCUUGGAGCAUUCCUCAUCUGUGAGCUCUGCCAGUGUAUCCAGCACACGGAAGAUAUAGACAAUGAAAUGGACGAGCUGCUGCAGGAGUUCGAAGAGAAGACUGGCAAGGCCUUCCUGCACACCGUCUGCUUCUACUGAUGAGAGAGGCUCCCGCACACCAAAGCCUUCCUGAGCUUUCUGUUGUUAGGACUUUUUCUUUCCUGAUAUUUGUUUGUAAUUUGAAAUAUUCAGCCAGUGGAAUUUGGUAUUACCCAAAUAAACUGUACAUACGAAAUGAAAAUAUAUCAUAAAUACCGGAUUAAAGUCAUUCGUUUAUUCUGUCCCAUUUUACCUACAAAUGGGGUAUAGAAUGUAGAGUUGCAUUUAAUCAAAAAAAAAUCUAUAGUACAUUCCCCUCUCCAACAUAUAUUUGUCUUUAGUUGUGCCAGUCUUUCCCU